AGUUACCGCACUAUGUUCGUCAUGCUCCUUCGCUUGCGUCAGCCCUCCAAGCACCUUCUAGCCCUUGAACUUGCCAUGAAGGAUAUUCUCAAAGAGGAAGAUAUCGCUAAACUUCGGGAUAUUGCGAAUGAAGAAGUCGGUGAGCGACAUGGGGAUGGAAGAAGGGAUUACAUCCUCCACCUCCGCAAGGUCCUCCAAGACUACCAAAGUAACUCGAGAUGAGGACGCAGGUGAAUCUGGCGCCACCUCCGCUGCGGAAGACGAUGACGACCCUUCUACCGACGACGAUCCUGAAAAUCAAAAGCAUGGGCUGGUCUUUCACAAGGUUCGGUUUCAGCAAAUAGGCCACACAAUCACGAUACUGAACCCUACGAGCAAUUACGAAGAUCCACCUGCCUUUCUGUAUGGACAGCGUAAACAGAAGGCCAGUGCUUUAUAUGUUGGUGAAGACGGCGAUGAUAGCGAUAUGCACACACUGAGGAUAGGACAAGUGAAGAAGAAACAAAGGUCGAUGAAGUUCCGGGCAGUGAACUGGCUCAAGUUAGGUGGGGGAAUAUUGUCGAGUCCCAAGACCAUUGCCAUCAAUGAUCAAGGCUCAACCCCCCCGCAUGGUUCAAGCAGACGCCGAAUUGCAAAGUUAUCAUCCACGGGCAAUUCCUUCUGGUCCUCGCCAUCAUGGGGAAGAUAUGCGACGAGGAGGGUUGGGGUAACGUUCAUUACAAUGGCCAGCUCGGCCCGAAAAUGGGGGAGAAUGAUCUCAGAGGCUUUGCAGAAGAUCCGGACCUGCGAAUUCUUUUCUGCACCCUCCAGAGCGGCGGGGUUGGCCUGAACUUGACCAUGGCAACCCGCGUCAUCAUCUGUGAUCCAUGGUGGAAUUGGUCG